GUUCCUGAAGGGGUGAAAUUCCAGCGUCCAGAUUUGGCAAUUCACAUCACGAAUGUUAUAAGUGGCACGAACCCAGAUUCGCCCUUUUUAUCACUCUUACGCCUUCCUCCUGGACGCCUUUUGCAGGUCAUCUUCAGUUCCGUUUUUCUUUCUCUGGAACGCCUGUUCACAUUCCUUUAAAAACUGACUGUCUUUUCUCCUUAUCCUCGUUCUCCAAUCCCUUCUCGACAUGUUCACGACCUUCGCUGCUGCUCUCUUCCUUGCGCAAGCCGUUCGAGGCCAUGUCGCGCCGUUUCACCCCUCGAUGUGGUGCUUCAGUGGUGUCUCUGGGUCUAACAUCAACGCCGAAGAGGCUGUAAACCCCGUGUAUGAACUGGCCUACGACGGAUACUGGAUGCAUGCUGAUACUGGCUGUCUUGCUCAACCUCCAGCGGACAAUACUUUCUUGGAACUGCCCGCUGGUGGCUCGUUCAGCGUCGAGAUUGCCUCUAACCGCGCCUUUACCUCAUACUCUUACAACGGUACUGAAGUUUCUGACUGGGCUGACGGUCAAGCCCACCCGGAAUUGUAUGAAACUCACACCGACUGCGUAAGCAGCCCCAAUCUCCACGCCCAGAACGAAUCCAUGGCAGCAGGAACUGCUUUCGCUAUCUCCUAUACCUCCGACAUCUCUGCGGUCAAUGAAGACAAUCUUGUUGUGUUCACCGUUGCUGCGAAUACCCCCUGGAAGCUUGUUGCAACCUAUGAUGUCCCAGCGGAAAUGCCAGCAUGCCCAGAUGGCGGUUGUAUCUGUGCUUGGGGCUGGAUACCCAAUGGCUGUGGCAUUCCUAACAUCUAUAUGCAUCCCUACAGGUGUACAGUUACAGGCGCCACCGGUACAACUGCCGUUGGAACUCCACAGACCCCUGUAUGGUGUGAAGACGACCAAUCCACCUGUGUUUCUGGUCCCAAGAAGUUCCUCAUUUGGAACCAGAAUGAAGCUGACACUGUGUCCGUCUCUGGCUACGAUCUCGCCGGAGAAGCCAAGUCCCCUGGAUACAACACCAAGAUGGGAUUCAGUGGUGGCGCUCAAAACGACAUUUUCACCGGAACUAGCACUGGGGGCAGCUCUUCGUCCGGUUCUGGGUCCUCGUCCUCGUCAUCCUGGUCCUCGUCGUCGUCGUCGUCGUCGUCGUCAUCGCUUCCAGCUGAAGUUGCGACCUCGUCGACAGCGGCAAGUGCUACAUCCGCGGCACCCGGGACAACCUCGACCUCGGAAAGUUCUACGUACGUCGCACCUACCACUACUGCAUCGUCGGAAUCUUCUACCCAUGCCGCGCCCGCCACUACCUCAUCUUCUGAAAGUUCAUCCUCUGUCGCGCCUGUGACCACCGCGUCUCCCUCUACUGCAGCAUCAUUUUCUUCGACCCAGUCAGGGGCAACCCAAACAACUGCAUCCACUAGCUCCUCCAACUCUCAUACUCACGGAUCCUGCAGUGCUACCAGCAGCGCCAGCGCCGCCUCUCCUACCAAGACGUGCAGAGAACGCCCUCAGAAAAAGCGGGCCGCUAAGCUGGACGCAUCGCCGCCCUCUUCGAAACGCGAAUCCGUUCCAUCAAAAAAUGACAGUGUUCCGUCAAUCCAUGACAGUGUUCCGUCGAAGCGAAGCCUUCGUACGCACCGCCGUCGUGUGUCAUCGUGGUGAAUGCGGACCGUUGAGCCGGUCGGCGCAAUCCAUUCAUCCAUCCAUCAUUCGUUUUGGCUGCCAUAUAGUUUUGACCAAUUCGCUUUGGUUUUUACUUAACUUGCCGCCCAGUGCUUUGUAGAUACCCCCCCCCCCCCAAUCGCCUCAGGAGGCAUAGAGUCCGGUACAAAUCUCAUCUCAUCUCAUCUCAUCAUUUUGUCAUCAUCGUCAUUUCUAUCUCUCUUACUAGAUAUCAGUGAGGUGUAGACCACCUAUGUAUUACUAGUCUUAUGCCAUGCCAGGCCAUGCGCUAUGUUUUUGUAGAUCAAUGUUGUUUGUCUGUUACUUACGUCUAUGAUUACUCGUUGGCAUAUACCUCUAACUCUUGCUCGAUACGUUGAUUGUUUCUCGCAAGCGAAAUUGAAUACGAUUUGUUCUGCG